AUGGUGCUUCGUCGUCGCUUUGCAUCCAAGGGCAACCGUGAGCACAUUCUGGAUUGGAUGACAGGGCCUCGCAAAAUGCUGAAUGUGGCUUCGACCGACUUUGACACGAUAUCAGUGGGCUUCGCCAACGAGGAUUCCAGUUCUGGCGUGCUACACUUGAAGCUUAACCGUCCCAAAGUUGUAAAUGCUAUGAAUAUGCAGAUGUGGGUGGAGCUAGCCAAAGCUUUCGAGCUAGUGGAGGAAGAUGUCACUGUCAAGGCCGUCAUUGUAUCUGGGGAAGGUCGUGGUUUUACGAGCGGUAUGGAUCUAGAUGUCUUUGCACAGAUGCAGAAUGUCGCUAUGGAGGAGUCGUGCGAGGGGCGAAAACGGGAAAAGCUCAUGCGUGUUAUUGACCGCUUCCAAAAAGUCAUUUCAGCUGCUGAAAAUUGUCGGGUUCCAGUUAUUGCUGCUGUGCACGGGCCUUGCAUUGGCGCAGGCGUUGACUUUAUCACCGCGUGUGACCUGUGCUACUCUGACAUGAGCGCAGUGUUCGCCGUAAAAGAAGUGGAUCUGGCCAUCAUCGCUGAUGUGGGUACGUUGCAACGUCUACCUAAAUUAGUAGGCGAGCGACACGCAAAGGAAUUGGCCUUCACUGGUCGCGAUUUUGGUGGACUUGAGGCAGAAAAGCUUGGCCUUGUGCUUAAGACUUUGCCUGAUAAAAAUAAUCUGAUGAAAUUUGUGGGGGAUUUGGCAAAUGCCAUUGCCCAAAAGAGUCCACUCACAAUUCGUGGAAUAAAGCAGACAAUUCACUUUCAAAGGGACCACUCGACAAAGGAUUCUUUAGAGCAAAUCCGCUAUCACAAUGCUGCCGUUCUGUAUAGUGACGACUUAAUGCUGGCUGUGAAUGCGGUCAUGAGCAAGACAAAGCCAAAGUUUCGCAAUGAUUGA